GAAAAUGCCAACAGAGAUAAGUGGUACUGUCGGUACGAUGAAUGUAUAAACCAUACAGAAGUUGUCUGUAAUUGAACAGAUUGGAGCAGUGUGCAAUUUUCUGAAUCUCUGGUGACUAUUAGACUGGUGGAUGAGAACCAGUGUUCUUCUCCCUGGAUUUCACAUGCAGAUUGGUAAAACUAGUCGAUAAUUCCAGAAAACCUGUUCAGUGGCACCGUGGUUUCGUGAUGUUAAGUGCUAUCGAAGCUUCGAUACUUCGAAGCGCACGACCAAGCAUGCUCAAUUUAAAAUCACCGCUAUGUAUGCUUGUCGUGUUUCCUUUGUAAACUCACUGUACAUUUGUUUUUCCGUUUUCUUUUCCAUCUGUUUUAAAUCAGUCGGUCAGUCUCGUCUAAUGUUUCCAGAUGUCUAUUAACAAGUCUGUGUACUUUUGUUGAUCCAAUUCAGUUAGAGGUGCAUCACGAAUUUCGAUUUUCAUAGUUCUCUUCUCUUCAAAUGGCUAGGAUUGUCACUGGUUGUCAUAAGCCGGUCCUACUCAUCUGUUGAAAGUCGACGAAUGGGAUCGAGGAAUAUCAACGAGCUGGAGCCAAACUCAUGAGUGCUUACAAUAUGGUGAAAACGUUGCUAAUGCGAUUUGCUUCCCCGUGCAGGCCUUUACGCAGUCUGGAUCAGGUUGGGGACUUGCUUUUUCUGUGCAUAUUGAUUGAUGAUUCGCUGUUGAACUCAGGACAGAUGCGAACAAAUAUCACCCGCCGAAAUUGAGAGGACCUUUCUAAGAUUUUACGAAUAAAUCUUUUGCAUCAAUUUGCGAAUCGACGACCUGGACGGCAUCAUGAAAGUAGUAGUCAGCGAUAAUUUUCUGUGAAUCCCACGCUUCUGGCGAGCAAGGCCUCUCGGAGUUCAUGUGGCACAAUGCAACUCUUUGUUUUCUCCUUAUGGAUCAUUGUUUCCCUGAAGGUGAUCAAGGAUUCAGUUUUCCGAAUGGACAUGGCAGUGUGGAACAAGACCUUUUUCGAAGCUUUUGCUUACUACAAUCCACUCUUCAUGAUGGCCAUGAUGGUGUGGCUUUGGGGAGUAAACGUUCAAGUGUUCCUGCGUUCUCGUGUGAACUACGCGAAGGUGUUUGAUCUGGAUCAUAACCAUCUCACGCAUUGGGAGAUUUGGAAGAUCGCAUCGUGGAUGACGGUGCUGGUACUUACAAGCCUGACAGCUUAUCUGUAUCUGGAGUCAUACGGUGAAAGAAAACUUGCAGCUUCACAACCGGUCAUUGUGUACUGUUUGUUACCACUCUUACUGGCUUUGCCAGUAAAUGCCUUAUUCGCUUCUUCACGCUUUUACUUUCUGAGUACGAUUGUCCGCAUGAUUUUUCCCUUCCAGCCGAUCUCUUUUGCAGACUUCUUCGUGGCAGAUGUCCUGACGUCCAUGUCCAAAGUUCUGUCGGAUGUGGAGCGAGUUUUCUGCAGAAUUUAUUAUCAUCAAGUUACAGGAGUUCCUGAGGAUGAUGCAAACCUCAUGUGUGGAAAUCAUUCCUACUGGAUACCUUGCAUCUUGGCCUUUCCAUAUCUUUGCCGUUUUUUCCAGUGCCUUCGGCAGUUCUCCGAUACCGGCGAUAAAUCUUGUCUGCUCAAUGCUCUGAAGUAUACGACAACAUUCCCUGUCAUCGUAUUGUCUGCUUUGAAGUACCAUAUGUCUGAUGUCCUAGUUUGGGAAGCAACAUAUCGACCUUUGUGGCUGCUAUGCUGCGUGAUCAACACUUGCUAUUCUUUCUACUGGGAUGUCACUCGAGAUUGGGAUCUAGGGCUCUUGACUGGCAACUGCAAGACAAAGAAAUCCGCUCUACGUUCGAGUAUGUUGUACAAUCAACGAUGGGUAUAUUUUUGGGCUAUUUCAAGCAAUCUUCUUCUAAGGUGCUCAUGGACUUUCAAAUUAUCUGCACAUCUACGGCACAACCGUUUGACUGUCUUCACCUUUUCAGGGCUGGAAAUGUUACGGAGGUUUCAGUGGAUAUUUUUUCGAGUGGAGAGUGAGUACAAUAAGAUGAUUACAAGCAGUUCUGCUGUGGAGAUACCGCUGACAGAAGUAGUUGAAGAAAAAGAACGCUUGUUUGCUUCUGAUCAUGACACAUAAUAUACGUCACAGUCAUUUGGCCCUUACGAAUUACUGCCGAUUCAUACCAUUUAUUAUUGUUUUUUGAAGACCGUAGAUGCCUUCCAUUGUUACAAUUCACUCUUGAUCAAUAUUUCGAGGGGGUGGCACAAGCUGCUUUUCUUAGAGGCCCAUGAUUAUUAGCAGUAUACGCCUGGGACAUGACUCGAUGCUUUAUCACCCACCUCGAUCAUUCAUUCAUUUCAGAAGCUGCUGGCACAUACUAAAAACAGGUGUUCAUGCUCUCUCUCGCCUUAAAACCAAUUUCCUGUACCGACGGUAACGUUGAUCAGUGUUGAAUGUUUGAAUGUACCGGU